AUGCCCUGCCCCCACCCAAUCCGCGCCGAGGAUCCGGCUGACGGAGGCGUGGCCACCGCGGCAGAGCCACCGGUGGGCGUGGCUUAUUAUAAACCCCACGGGCGUGAGGCGGCGGCGGCGGCGGCGGCGGGGGGUGAUGGCGGAACGCGGCGGCCCCCGCGGCCCUCCCGGCCCGGCCCCGCCGCCCGCGGCCUCCCCGCUUCCCCCUCCGGGCACCCCGGGGCCUCUUCUUCCUCCUCCUCCUCCUCCUCCUCUUCCUCCUCCUCGAUCCCCGGUUCCGCUCCCGUCGGUCCCGGUCCGCGGCCGGUGCAGAUGAACCUGUACGCGACGUGGGAAGUGGACCGGAGCUCGCCCAGCUGCGUGCCCAGGCUCUUCAGCCUCACGCUGCAGCGCCUGGUGCUGGUGCGGGAGCUGGGCAAGGACCUGGGCUCCGUGGUCAUCGCCGUUAAGCUGCAGGGCUCCAAGCGGAUCCUGCGCUCCAAUGAGAUCCCAUUGCCAGCCGGGACCCCCGAGACCGAGCUGCAGCUCACGUUCUCCCUGCAGUACCCCCACUUCCUGAAGCGGGACAGCAACCGGCUCCAGGUGAUGCUGCAGCGGCGGAAGCGCUACAAGAACCGGACCUUCCUGGGCUACAAGACCCUGGCCGUGGGGCUCAUCAACAUGGCUGAGGUGCUGCAGCACCCUAGCGAGGGGGCCCUGGUGCUGGUGCUGCACCGGGCGGUGAAGGACGCGCCGGUGCCGGUGGCCGAGAUCCGGGUGAAUUCCUUGUCCAGCCAACCCAUCGACCAGGAGGCCAAGGGCAAGCUCUCGGAUCGCUCCCCUGAUAUUGAUAACUACUCAGAGGAAGAGGAGGAGAGCUUCUCCUCGGAGCAGGAGGGCAGCGACGAUGCUCUGCAUGGGCAGGAUCUCUUCUAUGAGGAAGAGGAGCUGCCCAAGGUGAAGAAGACACGGAGGAAGCUGAUGGCAUCCACCCGGCAGCCCAACAUCAAGCAGAAGUUCGUGGCACUGCUGAAGCGUUUCAAGGUGUCGGAGGAGGUGGGCUUCGGGCUGGAGGCGGUGGCCGGGGCGCGGAUGCGCUCGGUGGCCGAGGACCUGGACGAGCUCUACGACACCCUGGAGAUCUACCCCAGCGACAGCGGCGCCGACAUGGACGAUACGGACAGCGUGCUGAGCACCCCCCAAACCGCGCCUGCG